AUGCCGAGGAGGGGCCGUGCCAUGACUGAGGAUGAGGAGAUGCUAGCAGAGGAGGAGGACGAGAGACAGUACGAGAAGAGGAUUGUUGAGGACUUGACAGAGUUGAAAAUGAGGGUCAAUGCACCAAUAGAGCUUGUAAGAAAGGCGGUAAAGUUGGCCGGGUUCACAAAUUCCAUGGGACGGCCACGGCCGAUAAAGCUACUUAUCUGUCUGGAUGAUGCAGAUAUCAUCAAAUGGUAUGCUGGUGUGGGGAGAAGGUGGCUAGAUUUCUUCUGCUGCUGUCGGAAUUUCAAGAUGGUCAAGAUUGUUGUGAGUUAUCACUUGAGGUUCUCCUGCUUCUUGACAUUGGCGGAGAAGCACGAGUGCACCAAGAGGCAAGCAAUUAGCCAUUAUACAAAGGAUUUGAAGGUGACAAAUGAAAAUGGAGUGGCAGAAGUGUACUUCCCAACAGAGAGGGAGAUCAAGACGAUGGGUGAUAAGAAUCUCUGUGAUCCAAAGCCUGUGGAUGGAGCCUUGACAAUGAUCUUGGUCAGAUUGGCAGUCGAUGACACCUCCCUUCCGUGCCUGGCACAUUUUUGUGCUGGAACAGAAACUGCCCUUUACCGAAUACGUCUUCUGCAGAAUCGCCUAAAUGUAGACCCUUUGAAUGAAAAAAAGUGGGUCCAAGGACUAAGUGCCAUUCAUGAGAGUCUGAACAAGAAAUGCCUCCCACUGUGCUCCAUGCAUGCAAGCGAUCUACUUGGCAAGAUUACUCUCCAAGAUAUUGAUUGUACUCAGUUUGUUGAUGUGAUGUGA